GAGAAGAAGUGCAGCCUCAGUCCGGCUCAACUGAAAAUGUACUGAAUCACUUUAUCACAACUCUGCGGGUUUAAUUUGACUUCACAUCAACCCAGGCUUCUUUCAGCGAACACCACGGCCCUUCUUACCUCAUAUAUUCAGAGGAUUUUUAAAGAAAGUGCGAGCUGGAAACCAUGAGUCACCUCAACCCGGGACUUAUUUCAGCCUACAACAGUCUGACCGACAAACAUCUGGCUGGAUACUUCAGCAACACUCGGAUCAGGAGACACCUGCAGAGAGCAGGACUGAUCACCAGAAGUGGGCGCAUUGUUCCAGACAAGGAGUACAGACACAAGCUGAUCCAGAGAGCCCAUCAGAGACACGUUCGAGAAUGCCUGGCCCAGGCCAUUUUCCACAAGGUGCUGGAGAUGGAGCGUGUCCAUCAAAUAGAGAUCAAAAGGAAACUGGAGGAGUUUGCAAGGAGGGAAAGAGUGCAUAAGAUCAAGGUGGAUCGUUCUAAAAGGUAUGAAGAAGACAUCAUCCGCAUCCUGUCUCCACGCCCACCCACUGGUGCAAGGGGCAUCCGAAAACAGCACUCUGGGCCAGAAGGGGAGCACUCUGAAUCCUCCGAGUCUCCGGGAUCGUCUCGACCCAACACGGCUCCAGGGAAGAUGCAGAGGCCGGUGCGCCUGAAGCCGAUCCACAGUAACAGCACCACAGCUUCACUCAGACGCAGCUCCCCUUACAGACUCCUCGAGUCCUCCAAUGAGAACGACCAGGCAUUCAACUGCACUAUGGACAAGGAGCCCCGGAGACGUUUGACCACAACGGAGGUGUCCCAAGGCAUCUCUCCCUACUGCCUCCCAGUCAUCAACAACUUUGUCACCCCAGUGCCUCCGGCCACAAAGAGGAAAGAGAGGGGGGUAAAGGUCACUCCCAGCGGCACACUCAGAGGCCGCAGACUGCGUCCUACCACCGCCUCCAGCGGAGCUGACGUCAGUGAGGACCCGCCGAUGCUGAGGAGCUCUGUGCACCAGAGCAGAGUGUGUGUGACCAUGAUGUACUUUGGGAAAACGGUGCAUCUUUCCCAUGACCUGACCGACAUGAGGGAUGAGGUCAAAGUGUUUCAGCAACACUGCGGAGGAGAGAACCUGUGUGUUUACAAGGGCAAGCUCUGCGAGGGAGAGACUUUCCAGUUCAUUUCAAGGCGACACAGAGGUUUCCCCUUCAGCUUGACCUUCUUCCUGAACGGGCUGCAGGUGGAGCGGCUGAGCUCCUGCUGCGAGUUCAAACACAGGAAGGGCUCCAGACUUGGUGGCAGGCACGGACACUUUGGCUUCUGCGGAGUGGAAGGAGCCUCUCCCUGCUACAAGUGCAUCAUAGCAAUGGGAUUAGACAAAAAGCCCACUCCUCCACCAAAGAGGGUCAAAGAGGACAGUGGAAGAGAGGAGUCAGCUCCCAGCCCGAGGAAUGCUCCUGAGAUGGAGACAGAGAGAACCAGAGAGGAUGCUGCAUCCCACUCUGAGUGUGAAACCACCCAACCACAGGACAUGGAGACUCAUGUCAAAGAAGAAACAGCAGCUGAGGAGGACAAAGUCAGAGAUGACUAUGAGGAAGACUUUGAAGCAGAUGACGAGGGCCCUGCUGACGAUGCAGAGGCAAAAGAAAAGAAAUCCUCAUCUCCAGUUGGUGAGACUGAAAGGCAGGUUAAAGAGAGAGACACCUCUGAGACUGAAGACGAUGAGAAGGAUGAUGACGUGAAGUCUCGUUCAAGCUCCAGCUCCUCAGGCAGUGAUCGGGAGGAGAGCGAUGCUGAAGCCACCAAAGACUCCAGAGAGGACGAGAAAGCAGAGCAACCUAAAGAGGUCGAUCAAGAGGAAACCGCUGUUCCAGCAGACGAAAAAAAAGAAGAACCAAAUGUAGAAGAAGCUGCUGCCACUGAGGCCGAACCUGCUGUAGCUAAAGACUCAGAGCUACAGGACAGUGCGGGGGACAGCACAGAGAUAGACAUCUCUGACACCAGCGUCCCCUCAGGGAAUGAGAAUAAACAGAGCGACGACACCUCAGGAGACAAUGAAGUGGAGAAAAGGGUAGAUGAGAGCGGUCAAGAGCAGGAACAGGAGAGGGCCAAAUCUGUGCAGGAGAAGCUGGCAGAAGCCAUACUAAAGGAGUCCCAGUGCAGCUCUGAGCCCGAACUGAGUGACACCAGCACUGAGGAGGAGGAGGAGUCCACAGAUAAAGGCCCUGAACAGGACAGCAAGGAUGCAGUUGCAGUGAAAUCUGUGACAUUUAUAGAACAACAACAGACAAUCACAGAGGAGACGAAAUGUGAGGAAGGUGUUGCUGGUGAAGCUGAAGGGGUUCAGGACCAUGAAGAGACAUCUGAACCAAAAAAACAGGAGGAUGCAACUGAACAAGAGCCCCACGAGAACAGUGAGAGCACUCAAGAUGAGAAGGUCAAAGUAGAAGAGGAAAAUGAAAAGGCUGCAUCAGAAGAAGACAAAAACACAGCAGAGAACGAUAAAUCAGAGGACGUAGAAGAUACAGAUGCAGCUCCUGUAUCUGAAGAGAAAAUGGCUGAGGAUGACAAGACGUCAGAACCUCAAGAAGAUGCAGCAGCUAAAUCUGCUGAUGUUGAGGCUGUGGAGAAAGACGAAGAAAACGAGGUGAAAACUGCGGCGGAGGCUGACACGCAACCCAAUGAGAUGGGGCAAGGGGCAGAAAGCGUUGAGGAGGAUGAGUCAUUGGUAUCAGAGCCGAAUAAAAAGACUGAUGAGACAGCAGCGCCAGAUAAUGCAGAGGCGGAGGCGAUGACAGCGAGCGAGACAAUGGAGAUGAAAGCAGAGCCCUCAGAGGAACGAGAGGCCCUCAACUGUGAAGAGGCACCUGUAAGCGACGCAGAGAAGAGGCAGCAGGGAGACAGCAGGGACAGAGAUGCAGCAUCAGAAACACAAGUCACAGUGGAGAAUUCAAGCAGCUCAUUGGCGGGGAGCGGAGACACCACAGUGGAAAAAAUGGCAGAUACAAGUGAGGACAAUGCAAAAAAUGAGAGCAGUAAAGAUGAUGUGAAAGAAAAUGAAGCAGAAGAAGAGGCAAGUAAUGACAGUCAGCAAGAAAGGGGUGACAUGGGAGAAGAGCAGAUAGAAAAAUCAUCUGUGGAAAUCGAUGAUAAAGUAGAGGAGAAAUCUGAAGAGGAGCAAGCAAAUCCCAAUGAGCUAGCACAAGUGGAAAAUAAAGAGGAAAGCGAAAAGGGUGAUAAAGACAAGACAGAAGAAGAAGAGAAUAAUGAGAGUAGGGUAGAAGAAAAGUUAGAAAAAGAGGAAAACAUUUCAGAGGGGACAAAAAGUGAGUCAAACACUGAAGGAAAGACAAAUGAAAAACAAGCUGAUAAAACCCACAAUGACGAAGUUGCAAAUGAAGAGAAGGAAGACGAAUCAGAAAAGACACAGAGAGACGAGGAUCUCGAAUGCAUCAAGAAUGAAAAUGAAGAGGAAGAGUCUGAAGAAAAGGAAGCUGCUACUGAUAAAACUAAUGAGGGUGAAAAGACAAACACAGCUGCUGAUGAGGAGAAGGAUGAUGAAGCAGAAAGGGAAGAAAAAGAUCAAAAUAAGAACAAUGACGAGCAACCUGUGACGAAUAAAGAUGAUGAAGAAUCUGGGGAGAAAAAAGUUGAAACUGAUAAGACUGCAGAGGGAGAAGAAGUUGCUGAGAUUCCAGAGGAAUCUGAGAAGAGUGCAGCUGCGGACUUGGAUAAAGACAGUGUGAAAGUGUCUGAUGAAAAUAUUGUUGAGUCAGAAGAUGCUGCUCACAGUGAAGCAGCAAACGUAGAACAUGUGACUAAAAUGACUGAAGAGACGCCAAACAACCUGAUGGAGGAUGAAGAUGUUAAAGAAACUGAAGGAGGAAGUGACGAUGUCAAAAAGGUAGAAGUUGAUGCUGAGAAUGGAGAGAUUUCUACUGAAGCAGAAAACAGAACUCACGAGGAUGAAGGAGUGGCUCAAGCAGAAGGCAAAGAUGACAUGAAAACAGCGGAGAAUAUCGAAAACGAGACAAAAAUAGAGGAACCUACUGAAAAUGAAAGCACAGAGGUUAAAGAAGUAGCCAUUGAGUCUGAAGACAGUACUGAUAAACAUGAAGACGACAAGGCCGAAGAGGCUCCUGACACUGAUGUCAUACAAAGGGAGGCUGAGGAAAGGGAUGGCAAUGUGGAAAAGCAAGAUGAAUGCACUAAAAAUGACCCAGAGCCGGAGACGUCUGGUACGGAAAUAAAAGAGGAAUCUAAAUCAGAUGACAGAACGGAUGAUGAAACAAAACAAGAUGAAAAUGGAAACAUAUCUGACCUUGGUCAUGAAAACAGAGAUUCAGAUUUGAUUAACAAGAGCAAUAACGUUGAGAGUAAUGUCAGCGAGGUGAUAGUUGCUUCUUCAGGUGAUCAGGCACAGUCUUCAGCACCCACUGCUGUGGAUUUGGAUGAUACCGCUCACAAGUUAGACAAGUCAGCACCCACUGCUGUGGAUUUGGAUGACACUGCUCACAAGUUAGACAAGUCAGCACCCACUGCUGUGGAUUUGGAUGACACUGCUCACAAGUUAGACGAGUCAGCACCCACUGCUAUGGAUUUGGAUGAUACCGCUCACAAGUUAGAUGAGUCCACUGCACCAUCUGACUCUAAGGCUGACAAAAACCCACAUGAAAAUGCCGCUGCCACAGAACCCUCCCCUGCCGACGUAGAAAACGGAGCAGACACGGAGGAGGCAAGCAAGGCCUCAGAGGAAGGAGCGAGCGUCCUGCUGAAACCUCAAGCACAGUCGUCAGAACUCGCACAAAAUAAUGAUAACAAAGAAGAGAGCGCUGCAGUAGGUAAAGAAACUCCAGAGGCCUUAGCUUUAGAAGACAACACAGAUUUGGUCAAAAACUGGGUGACCAUGCAUCAAACCUCAAAGUAUUUUGAGACGUUUGUCGAACCUUUAGAAGAAUUGAAGGAAACUACUUCAGACACUCAAGUAUCCAACUCUAAUGAAGAAGGGACACAAUCGAAAGAACUGCCGAGAUCAGCAAGUCCACUCAAGAUGGCGAAGGUGUCUGAAGAUGCAGAACAAGAGCACACAGUAGAAGAUUUAAACGAGUUAGAGGACAAAAGCAAAGAGGAAGCUGUGGAGACAAACCCAGAGAAAAAUCACUCUGAAAAUGGUGAACCAUUUGAGAAAGACACACCGCAAGUGGAGGAGGAGACUGAGGUGAAAGACUUAAUACCAAAAAAAGAAAAUGAUAAGGAAUCUGUGAAUGGGCAAGACUUGAAGUUAGAGGAGCACAAAGGAAGCGGAGGAUCUCAGGAAGAAGACAAGGUGCAGGAUAAUGCUGAUAUUUCCAAAACUGAAGUGGAAAGCAUUGCAGGAAGUCAUCAUUCAGCAGCCAGUGGCAGAUCUGAGAGAGUCACUGAGAAUCAAACAGAGGUGAAAACUACUGAUAAUGAUCCUGACUUUAAUGAAAAGCAAACACCAAUUGAAGAGGUGAAAGAUCUUCUACCUUCAUCCAAAACAGAAGAUCAUCACGAGCGUUCGACAAGUCCAGAAGGGCUCUCCAAACUGAAAGCCGAUGAACCAAAAGAUACCGAAGAAACAUGGGAACAGAGUCGAGAAGUUACAGAAAUAACUGAUUUUACAACGUCCAAGUCAGACGAUGGAAGCCAGGAGGAGCACCACCAUAAAGACAGCCAACUCAAACUGUCAGACGGGAGCAUCAAUGGAGAGAGAAGAGAUGUGCAGCUGAUCCAAGACAUCAAACACACUCUCAGUAAGGACCGGCUGAGCACUUUCACAGUGGAUGAAACACUGUUCGGUCGAAGUUCGUAUCCUUUGCUGACUCCUGCAAAGACAGAGAGUGGACAUUAGAGCUACACACUUCAGAGUGGCACCAAGGUACAGUGAUGCUUUACUUGCUUUUUGUAGUUUACAAGAAGGUAUAAAAGUGUAUAUUUAUAAAACAGAGCAAUUAGACAAUCAGAUGGCAACACUAUGAAACAGAAACAUUUGUAGGGAUCAUGAAAUGCAAUUUGGUUUAUUGAUCAGUUUCCCAAAAGUGAAAACAAGAUGAUUUUAGUUUUGACAGAGGCCCCCAAGUGUCUUGUGGUGUCUGUGUUUACAUUACAACAGCUUCUUUAGUAGUCUUCAUCCUUCAGUCACCGAAAAGAAGAAGCUGUAUGAUGAGUUUUGACUGCUGCACAAAAUGUUUACAAAAGACCAUCUCUUCCUAUUGUUGGUAACAAAGAGGCGUAGUUUGUGUGAGGUAUCAAGUGCAGCUGCUAUCACCCAUUACCUGUAAACAGAUACUCUUCCACUCACGCUCACAAAUGAUUAAAUAAUUCAUAGUUGUUGGACUCCCGCAGCUUAGUUUGUCCCAAGUACACUUUACAUUUCCACUGAUGUUACAGUACUUCAGCUUUGAUCAGAGAUCUGUAAUUGCACUGUCUGUGUUAAUGAGAGUUUUAGACCUGUAAAGGGUAACUUGAGUAUUUUCUUCAAAUUGGACCCUUUUUACUGUGCUUUUGUGUCUAAAUGACAAAUGGGAACAAUAAUAGCAGUCGUGCAGUGUUUGUUUUUGUCACUGACAGGCUCAGAUUAUUAUUCUAAGUGUCUAACAAUAGUAUGAAAAGGAUCCCUACAGAGACAGACCUUUUUUGUUUGAGAAUAAUAUCCUUUCUGUUUAACCAAAAACAGCCAUAAAAUCACAAUUGCCAAAGCCACCAGACUCUGUUUAAAUGAAUGGUAAUUUUAGCGUGUAUAUAGCCAGUAUAUUUUCACACCUAAGUGAGUGAAUUAAGGGUUUACAUCAACCAAACCAGAGUUGGUUAUUGCUGUGACAAUGGAAAAAGCAAUGAAGGGUUUUGUGAUUUUUAUUUUGUUUCUGUGGACUUUGAAUGAACUGUGUUUUACACUGAUAAAAAUACUGUUUAUUUAAAUAGAGUCUGGUUGGAUGGUAAGAGGAUUUCAAAGCCGUUUCUGGUUAAAGAAAAAGGACCAUACUCUUUUACGAGAAGGUCUAUCUCUGUGAUCCUUUCCAUGAUGUUGUCAGAAACAAUCUGAGCCUACCUGUGGAAAAAACAAGCAAUAUUAGUGGAUGUAAAUUGAUGGGGCAAACAUGCCCCAUUCAAACAUGAUUACAUUGCAACAUUUCACCGCUUCUGGCUGCAGUGGUCUGGCUUAACACUGGACCAAUUUUAAAACUGUUCUCAUUAGUCAUUUUGACACAAAAACAUGACAAAACAAGGUCCAGGUUAAAAAAAUAAAAUAAAAUUAUCCUUUAACAUAAUUAUUUGUUUAGCUGACAUCUAGACAAAAAUGCAGCGGAACAACAAGAAUGUUAACCUAAGCUAACAUGAUUUAUUCGCUCAUCAUUAGGCUACUUAUUAGUCAAACAAAACAGUGGUAACAUUGUGAAAUGUCAAAUCUAGGCACUGAGUUGUGUCAUUAUUGCUGCUAACACUACCUCUUAGGAAAGAAAAAUACUUAAUA